UUCUCAAAAUCACACUGAAAAGCACAUCUGUUUCAUUCGCUAAUCUCUUCUGACAUCUGAACUGAAAACGAAGAAUCCAGAUCGGCAGUAAUGAAGUCUCUGCUUUGCCGUACAGGUUCCGGUCAAAUUCCGGUCCAAACCCCUCUCAUGCCCUCUUCACCUCGUCACUCUGUCUCCUUACCCUUCCAAGACUCCGCCGCCAGUGUGUUUUCCGGCCAGAAGAAGUCAUCCCAGAGAGUCUCCCUGCAUAAGGAAAUGUCUCGCAGGAACAUUCGCCGUUCAUCGUCGGAAUCCGACGUCAUCCGGUUGGAGAUGAGGACGUUAAGCAAGAUGGGAUCGAGAUCUUUUACGACGCCACGGAUACCGGAAGACGAGUUCGGAGAUGGAAUUCACGACAGGACGGGCUACACCGGAGAUUUGCCUACGAGUGGGAUGUCCUGGGAGGAUGGGUUUCCUGGUGGAGGAAUGAACAAGAACCGGAAUCCCGGCGGCGGCAGUGGUGGAAAUGGAAGCGAUGCCGAUCGGUCCAAGAUCGGCUCUUACUAUCAGGAGAUGCUUAAGGUGGAUCCCACGAACUCCCUGCUCUUGAGAAAUUACGGCAAAUACUUACACGAGGUGGAGGGAGAUGUGGUGAAAGCCGAAGAGUAUUACGGGAGGGCGAUUCUGGCAAGCCCGGGUGACGGCGAGGUGCUUUCUCUGUACGGGAAGCUGAUAUGGGAGACGCAGAGAGAUGAGGAUAGAGCCAAAUCUUACUUCAAUCAAGCCCUUCAUGCUUCCCCUAACGAUUGUAUGGUCUGGGGAUCAUAUGCCCAUUUCUUGUGGGAAGCCGAGGGAGACGAAGACGAAGACGAAGACGAUCAAGACGAAGAAAACAAGAGCGCAACUGAAGAUAAUGUAGUAACCGUUCCAGCAAUGGUUGAAGCUUUCUAAUAGUCAUCACCCGGAAAUUCCAGCCCGAACUCAACUCUGUCGAAUUUGAACCAGUUAUACAACAUUUGCAAUACACUCUCGGUGAUUGAUUUGGUUCGACCAAGUAUGAUCGGGUCAAAAGAACUAAUUUCAUGCAUGAUACAUACAUAUAUAUUAUGACUGCUGGUCUAUAUUCUUAACAACUAGGACCAUGUUAAAUGAGGUUAACUGAAAGAGAAAGUGUGGGUGGAGGAAGAAGUGGUGUAUUUGUAAAGUGUUCUAGUAUAUAUUCUGUAUCUUUGAAGUUGAUCUUGGUAAUUCAUGCUUAUGCUUAUGAA